GUUUUGCGAUAGAAUGGGUGGGAAAAGAGGCACCUCUAUGGUAUUUAAGUAGUGGCUGGAUCUGAUGAAACUAUAGCAGCUUAAACUUAAUUAUUUAUAGUACCUGUGGGCCAUAUAGUACACGUUUUUUAAGUCAGAGUAGCUGCUUACACGUUCGAUGUUGUGACGCUUCCGAUUUUCCUCAUACUGAAGAUAUUAAUUAUAUUAUUGUCGGACGAAAAAUGGGCGGCAAGGCUUCAAAAGCGGUCGCCUUGGGAGUGCAGUGGACGCGCUUCAAAUGCGAAGUAGAAAGUUUCUUUAAUGACUUUGGUGAGAAGAACCGCAACUACAAGAACAAGCGCCAAGAAGCCCAAAGUUUUUUUAUGAAAGCCAGGACUUUUCAGCACAACAUACAAGCAAGCCACUGGAGAUCGGGUCUGCGUGCUCCCAAAAAGUCCGAACUGUUUCGUGGGGUUUUGCAACAUGUCUUCAAUGACUGCCGUCCCGGGUGGGACUCUCGACCGAGUACUAGGAUUAAUAUGCGGCUGUUUAGUAUUAUUCGGGCCGAGUAGUGAAUGUCGAUGCGUGGGCGAUUUCUGAGUCUGUCAAAAGUGUGUUUCCUCUUUUAUGUCUAUUUCGUCUUUAAUAUCUUCCUCAGGUAUUUGCGAGCCGAUGGGAAAGACGGAGUGGAAGUAUGAGGUGGAUCAACCUGGUCCCCUAUUUCCAGGAGAUGAGCUUACCCUUCCAGAGCACAAAUAUGACCGAUUUAGCAAAACCGUGGCAAGCGAAAAGAAGGACGAUAAAACAGUAGACGAGAAGAUCAUCGUCGACCAGUUAGAUACGACAUACGACAAGGGAAAAGGGGUGGAUGUAUUGGUGAUUUGCGUUUCGUACGUUCGAAUGAUUGACGGGGAGCCCUUUUCGGUCGAUGAGGUAAUCUUUGAGCACCUACGUGGGCGUCGUCGUGAAGAUGGUGUGUGGUUGGAAGGGCAGUGGCGAUGGAGAUCGCCACUCAGCGGAAAAGUUAUGGCAUUUGAGGGAAGCUUUUCGUUUUCAUCUACUUAUGCUACUUUUUCUCUUCCCACCACGUUCAAACCUGCACUUUCUAGGCUCCAGGCUUCGCUGUGGAACGGACAGCUGCGCGGGUACUCAUCAUCAGCAUAGCGGCUU